AUGCCCCCAAAAUCAAACCAAUCUACUACUCCCUCUCCUCAAACUCUUACUACCGAAGUUACUGUCGCUUUUCAAAACCCGACAAAAUCAAGCGCCGAAAUCAGCCCUAACCCUAUUCCUCCUCCCCCACCUUCCAACGCUUGCGCCGCAUGCCGAUUCCAACGCCCAAAAUGCGCCGAAGACUGCCCUUUAGCGCCACACUUUCCCGCUCACAAGCACCAACAAUUUAUCAACGCUUACAAACUGUUCGGCGUAAAUAAUAUCGUCAAUACUUUGAAUUCCGUCGCUCCUUGGUUACGUGACGACGCUAUGACUGCCCUAAAGUAUACUGCUGAUGCUCGUGCUAAAGACCCUGUUGGUGGUUGCGCCCGUAUUAUCGUGUCUUUAUACGAACGUAUCGCCUUUUACAAUGAACAACUUGAGGAUGUUCUUGCUCAGAUUGCUGCUGUUAGAGCCAUUGCUGUUACGAAUGAUGAUUUUAAAUUUGAAGCCUUUCGUUGA